CCCUCUCCCCACCCCCGCACCUGCUUCCUCGCCGUGGGCCGGCGGGGCGGGGCGGUGUGUUGUGCUCGGUAACCAGGGAGCUGCGCCGGGCGCGCCGAGGUGCUGAGGUUGUUUGCCAGUGUUUUGCCCCGACCCUAUGAGGGCCAGCAUUGGACUGGAGGCGUCUGACUGCCCCAGGGAUGCUGUGCCAUGGCUGAGGGUUGAAUGCUAAAAGGAAGCGGUCCAAGAUCCUCAUCUCACCGAGCUCCACAGCUGGGAGGGAGACUUCUCUCAGGGGAACUGGACUCGUGGCAAAGAGAUCAUGGCUUCAUCCCGACUAGUGGCAAGAUCUAGAGACAUUGCCAAUGUCAUGCAACGUCUUCAAGAUGAGCAAGAGUCAGUCCAGAAAAGGACUUUCACGAAAUGGAUCAAUACUCAUCUGGCUAAGCGCAAUCCUCCCAUGCUGGUGAAUGAUCUGUUUGAAGACAUCAAAGAUGGGGUAAUGCUAAUUGCCCUUUUGGAGGUUCUUUCAGGGCAGAAGUUGCCUUGUGAGCAGGGACGUCAGCUGAAGAGAAUUCACUGGGUUGCCAACAUUGGCACAGCUCUUAAGUUUCUAGAAGGAAGACGGUCCAUAUACAGAGGAUCUCCGAUUAAGCUUGUCAACAUAAACUCAACUGAUAUCGCUGAUGGCAGACCUUCUAUUGUGCUUGGCUUGGUGUGGACCAUAAUUUUAUAUUUUCAGAUCGAAGAGCUUACCAGCAAUCUCCCACAGCUGCAGUCGUUGUCUAGCAGCGCUUCUUCUGUGGAAAGUGUUGUCAGUUCAGAAACUGCAAGUCCCCCAAGCAAACGGAAGGUGGUAACCAAGGUCCAAGGAAGUGCCAGGAAGGCUUUAUUAAAAUGGUUACAGUACACAGCAGCAAAGCAGGUUGGAAUUGAAAUCAAAGAUUUUGGACAAAGUUGGAGGAGUGGUGUUGCAUUUCAUUCUGUUAUUCAUGCUGUCCGCCCAGAUUUAGUGGACAUGGAGAAAGUGAAGGGAAGGUCAAAUAGGGAAAACCUGGAAGAAGCCUUCGCACUUGCAGAAGCAGAACUAGGAAUUCCAAGGCUCCUUGAUCCAGAAGAUGUGGAUGUUGAAAAGCCAGAUGAAAAGUCUGUCAUGACCUAUGUAGCCCAGUUUUUGAAGUACUAUCCCGAUCCUCAUCACACAGUGACUGAUGUGCAGGAGAAUGAUAAGGAAGACAGACUGGUGCUGAGAGACCUAAAAGUGUGGGCAGAACAAUUUGAAAGAGACAUAGCCCGAGCACAGGUGGCAGAAACAAGCUUACAAGAGAAAUAUCAGUCAUUUAAGCAUUUCAAAGUACAAUAUGAGGUAAAAAGGAAACAGAUUGAACUUGCAACCCAGUCAUUAAGGAAAGAUGGGAAAUUAUCACUCGAUCAAGCUAUGGUGAAGCAAGCAUGGGAAAGAGUUUCUUCCAGGCUGCUUGAUUGGCACAUAUACCUUGAUAAAUCUCUUCCUGCACCUCUGGGUACCAUAGGUGCUUGGCUCUAUAGAGCAGAGGCUGCUCUGAGGGAAGAAGUGACUGUUCAGCAAGCUCAUGAGGAAACAGCAAAUACAAUACACAGGAAACUUGAACAACAUAAGGAUCUGCUGAAAAACAUAGAUGGUCACAAAAAAGCAUUCCAUGAGAUCCACAGGACCAGGUCUGUUAAUGGAGUGCCUGUUCCACCUGACCAGUUAGAGGAUAUGGCAGACAGGUUUAAUUUUGUUGUCUCCUCAUCUGAGCUCCAUCUGUUGAAAAUGGAGUUUCUGGAACUGAAGUACCGUCUACUGUCACUCUUAGUCCUUGCAGAAUCAAAGUUAAAAUCAUGGAUUAUCAAAUAUGGAAGGCGAGAGUCUGUGGAACUGCUUCUUCAAAAUUAUAUCUCUGUUAUUGAAAAUAGUAAGUUCUUUGAGCAGUAUGAAGUUACUUACCAGAUCUUGAAAAGAGCAGCUGAAAUGUAUGCCAAAGCAAAUGGCUCAGUGGAAGAAGUUGAGAAUGUGAUGAAAUUCAUGAGUGAUACGACAGCUCAGUGGAGGAACCUCUCAGUAGAGGUGAGAAGUGUAAGAAGCAUGUUGGAAGAAGUAAUUGCUAAUUGGGACAGAUACAGCAGCACUGUGGCAGGUCUGCAAGCUUGGCUGGAAGAUGCUGAAAAAAUGCUGAAUCAGCCUGAACAUUCUAAAAAGGAUUUCUUCCGACACUUACCUCAUUGGAUCCAACAGCACACAGCCAUGAAUGAUGCUGGUAAUUUUCUGAUUGAAACAUGUGAUGAGACCAUUUCCAGAGAUCUUAAGCAGCAGCUUCUGUUACUAAAUGGAAGAUGGAGAGAAUUGUUCAUGCAAGUUAAACAGUAUGCUCGAGCAGAUGAACUGGACAAAAUGAAGAAAGAAUAUGUGGAUGGUGUUGCUCAUUUGACAGCUUUUAUUGAUGGAAACAAUAGGAAAUUUUCAACCCCUGUAGAAAUGUCCUUCCUUGAUGUUAAAAUGUUUGUACAAGAAUUAGAAAAUACUAAGCAGAAAUUGCCUGCAAUGGAAGCUCAGUAUAAAGCAGUUACAAGAACAGUGCAACUUGUUACAAAAGAAGUUUCCCAAGAGGAAGUGAAUGAAAUGCUGGGAACUUUGACACGGAUCAAAGAGCAGCUGAGCAAGGUUAAGGAGUAUUCCUGUGCCCUGCUGUAUGAAUGCCAGCGUCUGCUGUCUCCACUGGAAGAACUGGAGAAACAAAUCACACAUUUUUAUGAAUCUCUUGAAAAAGUCAAUGAAAUAAUUUCUAUCCUGGACCCUGAAGCACAACCCACAGCUGUUCUUAAACAAAAAGCCCAAGAUUUGGUAGCUUACCAAGAAAACUGCAAGAAAGAUUUGUCCCUGAUUGAGAGAAACAGUCAGAGUAUCCUGCAGUGUGUGGCUUCCAGUGAAGUGUUACAGCAUUUCCAGCAGUCAACGUUUCAGAAGAAAGUUACACAAGUUCAGAUUACUUUUCAGAAUAUGGUCAGGAAAGCUGGUGAGUGGAGAAAAAACAUAGAAGCAAAUAGCCGUUUGAUGAAGAAAUUUGAGGAGUCUAGAGCAGAACUGGAGAAAGUAAUACAGAUUGCCAAUUGUUGCUUAAAAGAAAAAGGAAAUCCUGAAGAACUUCUCAGAAAACAUAGCGAAUUCUUUAACCAGUUGGAUCAGAGAGUCCUAAAUGCCUUUCUGAAAGCUUGUGACGAACUUACUGACAUCCUCCCAGAACAAGAGCAACACAGCCUGCAGGAAGCUGUGAGAAAACUCCAUAGGCAGUGGAAGGAUCUUCAAACAGAAGCUCCAUAUCAUUUGAUCCACUUGAAGAUUGAAGUACAGAAAAGCAAGUUCCUGGUCACAGUGGAGGAGUGCAAAGCUGAACUAGCUCGACAGAACAAGGUGUUAUCAAGAGAAGGCAAUGAAAGAAUGAUCAAGGAACACAUGUUGUUCUUCGGUGAUAAGGGAUCUUACCACCUGUGUGAGAAAAGGCUACAACGAAUUGAAGAACUGUGCCAAAAACUGCCAGUUUCUGAUCCAGUGAGGGGUACAUUGGAAAGCAGCCAACGAGUCCUGAAGGAUCUCAAAUCCCAGAUAGACAGCACAUACAUGAAGCUAACAGAGCACUCGGACACCUGGAAGGGCUAUAAGAGCAGAUUUUCUGAAUUGCAAAAUUGGAUUUCUUCAACAGAAAGAGAGCUGAAGAAGAUAAAGGAAAGUGUUAAUGAUACUGCCAAAUACAAGCAAUGUAAAGCAUCUGUUGGGGAAAUUAGGAAGCAUAUUCACAAGCAUGGAGAAAAUCACAGCUGGCUGAAAUCCAGACUUGCUGUUUUGACUGCAGUAUGUCCUGAGUUGGAGGCCAAAGAGACAGAGGAUGAGCUUUGUAAACUUUCCAGUGACUUCAAGGGACUCCUAGAUUUGCUGGCUGAGAUUGAAAAUACUUUAGGCGCUGUUGGAGACUGUGUCCAGUACAAAGAAGAAGUUAAAAGUGCAAUUGAAGAGUUAAUCAACAACUCUAGAGAAGUCCAAGCAGAGGCUGAAAAGAUCCUGGACACAGAAAGUUUAUUACAAGCUCAGCAACUACUGCUUCAUCAUCAGCAAAGGACAAGAAGACUCCGUGCAAAAAGGCAAGAUGUGCAAAAGCAGAUUUCCCAAGCCAAGAGGCUGCAGGUUGAAGGUGGACUGCCCAGCACAGUGCGAGAAGAUUUGCAAAAAUUGGAGGGAACAUUGGAAAACAUGCAGCAGACUAUGGAGAAACGUGAAGAGCAACUGCAGGUCACAAUAAAUAAAUGGGAGCAGUUUGAAAGAGACAAAGAAACGGUAGUAAAAUACCUCAAUCAAGCAAGCUCUGUACUUGAACGUAUCUUAAACUUUAGCAGUUUAGAGAGCCUCUCCUCAGAACUGGAUCAGACAAAGGAACUUUCUAAACAGACUGAAGCAAUGGCAGUGCAGGCUGAGAAUCUGGUGAAGAAUUCUUCUGAGAUACAGCUUGGUUCAAAGAACAAGCAGUCUCUUCAGCAUCAGGCAAAAUCAAUCCAAGAACAAGUGAAAAAAGUGGAAGUUACUCUUGAAGAAGAUAUUAAAAGCAUGGAAAUGGUGAAAAACAAGUGGGAUCAUUUUGGCAAUAAUUAUGAAGCUCUGUCCAUCUGGAUAGCUGAACAAGAAAAAGAACUGGAAACUUUGGAAACAUCAUCAUCUCCUUUGGACAUACAGAUCAGCCAAAUCAAGGUUAUUAAUAAAGAGAUAGAUGGUAAAAUAACUGGAAUCUUAAAACUAGAAGAGGAAGCCGAGUAUUUUUCCCAGUUUGUUACCUCUGGAGAACGUGCACAUAUUAAAGCCAAACUGACUCAGGUCAAAAGGUAUUGGGAAGAGCUAAGAGAUCAUGCACAGAGACUGGAAGGAACAAUCACAGGGAACGCAUCAGCACAGCAGAAAUAUGAAGAAAGUCUUAAACAGGCGCAGCAGGCAGUGUCUGAAUUUGAAGCUAAGCUGACUGAGCCUCUCACAUCGUGCUCUUCAGCAGCAGCAACGUAUGCAGCCCUUCAGGAUUGCACGGACCUUUGUCAUGCAGUGGAAAAACUGAGCAGCACUCUGGCCUCUCUCUCAGCCAGUGUCCGUAAGGUGGCCAACAAAGAAAAAGCUGCUCAGGAGGUCGCAGCAUUACAGCAGAAAUAUGAAAAAGUGCUAGAAAAUGUUAAAGAGAAACAGACCUUAUUAGAGACUCUUCUGGCUCAGUGGCAGAAGCAGGAGAAGGAGCUCCCUGCCUUCCUGGCCUGGUUGGAGGGAUGUGAAGCUACAGCCCAGCCUUCAGAGCAGUAUGUUUCUGCUGAUAGAGUUAAGCUGGAAAAUGAACUGCAGUCACUGCAGGAUUUGCAAGCAGAUAUUGUGUCCCAUGCUUCAGUCUAUGACAGCCUAUUACAGUUAAAUGAGUCGCUAUUUCCAACAGCUUCGAACCAGUGUGUGAAAACAAUAAAAGAAAAAUUUGAAGAGCUGGAUGAGAGGUGGAAAGCUUUGCCACAAACUGUUGAUAAAAGGAUCAACUUCCUUCAAUCUCUUGUUGCUGAGCAUGGGCAGUUUGAUGAGCUCCUGCUCAUGUUUUCAGACUGGAUUAAGCAAUUUCUUGCUGAACUACAAGCCACUUCAGAGAUAAACACAGCUGAUCAACAACUAGCUGCAUCUCACAAUAAGAACCACUCAAUGGAAGUUGAAAGUAAGAAACAGCAGUUACAAAGUCUGAAGGAACAUGUAGAUAAAUUGUGUUCUUUCAGCAGCCCAGAGGACCAGCAGACAUUGCAGGGAAAGACUGAAGAUUGCUUUCAGAUCUUCCAGGAGGCAAGUCAAAUAACUAGCCAAAGACAAGAGACUCUGGAUCAGCUGCGAGUUUUCCUAGAGCUCCAAAGGGCUGCAUCAGGAGUGCUCCACCAGCUGAAGCAGACAGUGGAGAAAACAGGGAAUAUAGAUAAAGCCAAAUCUGAAUUACUGGAGAAAGAACUCAGUGGUGUUAUUCAAGAUCUUAACAAGUUGGAAUCUGUUGCCAUCAGUUUGGAUGGUUCCCUUACUAAGGCUCAAUAUCAUCUGAAACACAGCAUUUCUGGGCAGAGGACCUCCUGCAGGACGAUGGUGGAUAAUCUGUGUGUGGAACUGGAGACAGUUCAAAACCUGCUGGGAACCAAACAAAGUGAGGCAGAAGCACUUGGAGCCUUGCAAAGAUCUUUCAAGGAGCGUAGAGAACAGUUACUGAAGAGUAUUGAAGAUAUUGAGGAAAAGGCUGACAAGGAGGGCCUGAAGGAGGCAACAAUACAAGCCCUCCAGCAAAGAUUAAGGAUCUUUAACCAGUUAGAUGAAGAACUGAAUUCUCACCAGCAUGAACUCCAGUGGCUCAUGGGCAAAGCAAAACAAAUAACCCAAAAAGAUAUCACACUUGCUCCUGAGACUGACAAAGAGAUAAAUUGCUUAGAAUCUCUGUGGAAGGACACCAAGAAAGUUAUACAUGAAAAAAAGGAGCAGUCCUGCAUUCUUAUUGAUCUGAUGAAGGAAUAUCAGAGCUUGAAGUCAACAGUAAUGAAAGUCAUAGAGAGUGCUAACAGUGCUUCUGUGAUCAAAUCCAUUUGGAAGGAUCAUGAAGAUGUCAGGCGAACAUUAUCAAAGCAUGAAGCUGCCAGGAAUGAUCUGAGUGAUAAACAAAAAGACCUGGAUACUUUCACUAAUAAAGGGAAACAUUUGUUAGCGGAAUUGAAAAGAGUGCAUAACUGCGACUCCACUGCGGUAAAAACAGAUAUGAACUCUAUGGUGGACAAAUGGCUAGAUGUGUCGGAAAGAAUUGAAGAUAAUAUUGACCGACUCAGUAUAAGCAUGUCCCUAUGGGAUGACAUCCUGAAAACUGGAGAUGAAUUAGAUGGCUGGUCUAAUAAGUACAUUUCUCAACUGAAUGAAGGCAUCAACAACUUCAGUAACAGUCAGAGAAUGGAGGUCCUCCUGAAAGACUUCCAGUCUGAAGUCAAGGAUAAAGAACUGAAGUUGGAGCAACUUAUUUCCAAAAUUUCAGAACUCAAAGAACUGACCCAUAGUGAAGAGCCUCCUGCAGAUCUCCAGUUUAUAGAAUCAGAUUUGAGGCAGAAGUUGGAACAUGCCAAAGAAAUGUCAGAGACAGCAAAAGAGACCCUGAAAGAUUUCAGUACUCAGAAGAUGGAGUUACAGAAGUCGAUUGGUCAGAUGACAGACUGGUUAACACAAGUGGAAGAGAUGCUGUUAAGCUGUGCACGUAAACUGGAUCCUGAAGUUCUAAAUAAAAUAAAGGAAACACAAAAAGACCUUCAGCUUCAGCAAAGCAGCAUUGACUCAAUGCGUGAGAACCUCAACAGCCUCUGUCGCAAAUACCAUUCUGUAGAGCUGGAAACUCUUGGUGGCACUGUCACUUUAUUGAUAAAGAAGUUUGAAGCUGUGAAUCUGCUCUGUUCCAGAACACAGGCCAGACUGCAAGAGUCCUUGGAAAAACAUUUUCUCUAUUCUGUGCAAGAAUUCCAGGAAUGGUUUUCUGGUGUGAAGGCUGCAGUGAAAGAAUCAUCUGACAGGUCUGGGGACAGCAAAACCAUAGAGGCAAAGCUACACGACUUGCAGGGUGUGCUGGACUCUGUUAGUGAGGGACAGAACAAAUUAGAUGCUGCCUGCAAGGAAGGAGAAAAUUUGUAUGGUUGUUUACCCAAACCAGUUGUGAGCCGUAUUCAGGAGCAAAUAGCAAAGUCUAAGCAGAACUUCCAGGAGUUCCUCAACCAGUGUCUGAAUGACAAGAAGGCCCUGGAAGCUUGUGCCUCACACCUGGAAAACUUUGAAGAUCAGUACAAGAAACUUGGCCUGUGGAUGCAUGACAUGGAAGAAAGAAUAAGCACAGAAGCAUUAGGAGAGAGCAAGCAGCUUAUUUCUGAGAAGAAAAAGGAGGUGCAAAAAGUGGAAAAAUUCCUGGAAGAGUUGCUGAAUUCAAGGGAAUCUUUUGAUCAGUUGUCCCAAAUGGCACAGACUUUAAAUGAAGAAGGCCAUGAUGCAGGGAGGGAAGUGCGUCUGGCUUCUCAGCAUCUCACCAAUUAUCAAAACAUGGUCAAAAGUGUCAAGGAGAAGCUGCGAACUUGUCAGCUUGCACUCCAAGAGCAUCUCACUCUGGAGGAGGCAUCAGAGAGUAUGUGGUCAUGGGUGAAAGAGGUUCAAGAUAAACUGGCAUCAUCACAGAGCACUUUUGGUAGCAAAGCCACACUGGAGAGACGACUGACACAAAUUCAGGAGAUCCUCUUACUCAAAGGUGAUGGUGAAGUUAAGCUGAACAUGGCCAUUGGAAAAGGAGAACAAGCACUUAAAAGCAGCAAUGAAGAAGGACAAAAAGUGAUACAAACCGAGCUAGAGACAUUGAAGGAUGUAUGGAAUGACAUCAUCAGUACCUCAGUGAACUGGCAAAGCUGCCUAGAUUCUGUUAUUAGCCAGUGGAAUGACUAUCUGGAAAGGAAGAACCAGCUGGAACAGUGGUUAGAGAAAUUGGAUCACAAAGUGGAACAGCCUUUAGAACCACAGAUUGGUCUGAAGGAGAAGUUUGCUCAGCUGGACCACUUCCAGGCUAUUGUUUCUGAGAUAGAGGAUCACUCUGAUGAUUUACAGCAACUCAUUGACAAAGCUGUGGAACUAUAUGAAAAAACGGGAGAUGAUUCUUUUGGAGAUGCAGCUCAGGAAGAGCUAAAAACACAGUUUAAUGACAUCUCAACUGUGGCCAAGGAGAAAAUGAGGAAAGUGGAAGAUAUUGUGAAGGAUCAUUUGCUCUACCUUGAUGCUGUGCAUGAAUUCACAGACUGGCUGCAUUCUGCAAAGGAAGAGCUUCACCGCUGGUCAGAUGCAUCUGGAGAUACACCAACUAUACAGAAGAAGCUGGCCAAAAUCAAUGAGCUGGUGGAGUCCCGGCAGGCCGGCGCGGACCGGCUGUGCCGAGUGGAGACGCUGGCCCCCGCCGCGAAGCGCGGCACCACGGCCGGCGGGUGCCAGCUGCUGGCGGCCGAGAUGCAGGCGCUGCAGGCGGACUGGCGGCAGUGGGAGGAGAGCGCCCGCCGCAGCCAGGGCGGCCUGCGGGACCUGCUGAGCCAGAUGGCCCUGUCGGAGCGGGAGUUCGCGGCGCAGGCCGGGCGGCUGGAGGAGGCUGUGCAGCGGCUCGGCGGGCAGCUGGCCGCCUGGUCCCAGGGGCUGGUCCCCGCCGACAGCCGGCACACCGACGCCGAGGUCGUGGAGAGCUGGCGCAAGGAGAAAGAAACAUUGGAUGCUCUAGUAGAGUCUGAACAUAUUACAGAUGAGAUCAAAAGUCAGUUGAAUGAUCUUUGUAGAUUUUCCAGGGAUCUGAGUACUCAUUCUUCAAAAGUUUCAGGAUUGAUUAAGGAGUAUAACAGUCUCUGCCUGCAAGCUUCAAAAGGAUGUCAGAGCAAAGAGCAGAUCUUGCAGCAAAGAUUUCGGAUGGCUUUCAGGGAUUUUCAGCAGUGGCUGGUCAAUGCAAAAGUCACCACUGCCAAAUGCUUUGAUGUGCCUCAAAAUAUCAGUGAAGCUUCAGCAAGUCUGCAGAAAAUACAGGAAUUCUUAUCGGAAAGUGAGAAUGGGCAACAAAAGCUAAACCUGGUAGCAUCCAAAGGAGAACUGCUGUGCUCUGUUUUACCAAAGGAAAAGGCUAAAGUUAUCCAGGACAAAUCUGCUACUGCUAAAGAAGAUUGGAAAAAUUUUAUCACCACCCUCCACCAGAAGAAAUCUACAUUGGAGAACUUAAAGAUCCAGAUGAAGGACUUCGAAGCAACUGCUGAGCCUUUGCAGGAGUGGCUGACCUCAACUGAGAAGAUAGUACAAGGAAGUAGCAGUCGGCUCCAUGAUCUUCCCUCCAAGAGGAGAGAACAGCAGAAGUUGCAGUCUGUCCUUGAGGAAAUAAGCUGCCACGAGCAUCAGCUCAACAGGCUAAAAGAGAAAGCUCAGCAGCUGUGGGAAGAACAAGCUGUCAGCAAAAGCUUUAUGCGCAGAGUGUCUCAGUUGUCUUCUCAAUAUCUUACUCUAAGCAAUCUGACAAAGGAGAAAAUUUCCAGAAUGGAUAGGAUUGUAGUAGAGCACCAGCAGUUCUCACACAGUGUCAAGGACCUCCAGGACUGGGUUGCUGAUGCAGUUCACAUGCUGGAUUCCUACCGUCAUCCCACUGCAGACAAGAGUGUUCUGGACAGCCGGAUGUUAAAACUAGAGAGCCUGCUAGCAGUGAAACAAGAAAAAGAAAUCCAAAUGAAAAUCAUUCUGACAAGAGGAGAAUCUGUUCUACAAAAUACUUCUCUGGAGGGAGUACCAGUGAUUGAAGGGCAGUUGCAGAACUUGAAGGACAGCUGGGCUUCUCUUCUAUCUGCUUGUAUCCAGUGCAAGAGUCAACUGGAAGGAGCUCUAUCCAAAUGGACAAGUUACCAGGAAGAUAUUCAUCAGUUUUCCAGAUGGAUGGAUAAAGUAGAAGCAAGUAUGAAUGCUUCUGAAAGGCAGUAUGCUGAACUGAGGGAAAAAACAGCUGCCCUCAGCAAAGCCAAGCUACUCAGUGAAGAGGUGUUGAGUCACAACAGCCUGUUGGAGACCAUUGAAGUGAAAGGAAGUGGGAUGGCUGAGCAUUACAUUGCCCAGCUUGAACUCCAGGAACUUCAGGAGCGGUAUAAAUUCCUCAAAGAAAGAACAAGGGAAGCAGUAACAAAAGCUGAAGGACUUCUUACAUUACAUCAAGAGUACCAAAAAAAUUUGAAGGCCUUUGAAGUAUGGUUGGAGAAGGAAAAGGAAAAACUUGACUGUUUAUCACAUCUUGAUGGUGAUGCCCAGGAACAGGAGGCAACACUCCGAGAUUUACAGGACAUGCAGGUCCACUGCACAGAGGGACAAGCAUUACUGAAUGCUGCUGUCCAUGCCAGAGAGGAAGUGAUUCCCUGGGGCAUUCCCCAGAUAGAAGACAGAGUUCUGGAAUCCUUACGGCAGGAUUGGCAAGUUUAUCAGUACAGGCUAUCUGAAGCAAGAAGCCAAUUAAAUGCCACUGUGAGCAGACUGAGGUUAAUGGAGAAAAAAUUUCAGAAGGUUAAUGACUGGUUAACAACGCUGGAGGAGAAAGUUGCUAUCAGGACUGGCAGGCAGUCUGGAAGAGCAACAAAGGAGAUGCAGCUUCAACAAAUGAAGAAGUGGCAUGAAGACAUUACAAUCUACAAAGAUGAUGUAGAGGAAGUUGGGGUAUUGGCUCAGCAAAUACUAGAGGAAAGUCUCACUGCAAGUAGAAUGGGAAGUCAGGCUACACAACUUACAUCUCGCUACCAAACUCUUCUUCUUCAUGUCUUGGAGCAAAUAAAGUUUCUGGAAGAAGAAAUACGCUGCAUGGAGGAGUCAGAAUUGUCUUUUAGUGCUUACACAAAUUGGUAUGGAGCUACUAACAAGAACUUCAGAAAUGUGAUUACCAAAUUUGACGUGGUUGAUAAAACAGCACUGGAGAAAAAAGUGCAGAAACUAGAGCUGCUAUUGAGUGAUAUGGACAUAGGCCACAGUUUACUGAAAUCAGCCCGGGAAAAGGGGGAGCGAGCUAUAAAAUACAUGGAAGAAAAUGAAGUUGACCAGCUAAGAAAAGAAAUUGGUGAUCAUGUGGAACAGCUUGAAGAGCUGGCAGGCUCCAUCAGGAAAGAGCACAUGACUUCAGAGAAGUGUCUUCAGCUGGUAAAAGAGUUCUCAGACAAGUACAAGGCACAGACUCAGUGGAUCACAGAUUACCAAGCCAUCUUACAUGCUCCAGUAGAGCCAAAGAGUGAACUCUAUGAGAAGAAGGCCCAGUUGUCCAAAUACAAGUCCAUACAACAGACUGUUCUGUCCCAUGAACCUUCAGUGAAGUCAGUGGUUGAAAAGGGAGAGGCACUUUUUGACCUGGUGAAUGAUGUGACUCUAAAGAACAACAUUCGAGACCUUCAGAGCAGUUACCAGGAACUCUGCAGCAAAAUAAAGGCAUGUGUUGAAACCUUAGAAGUGAGAGUAAAAGAACAUGAGGAUUACAAUAGUGAUUUGCAAGAAGGGGAGAAAUGGUUGUUACAUAUGUCCAGCAGAUUGGUCAGCCCUGACCUUGUGGAAAGCAACAAUCUUGAAAUAAUCACUCAGCAACUAGCUAACCACAAGGCUAUCAUGGAAGAAAUUGCAGGAUUUGAAGAUUGUUUGAACAACCUUAAGAGUAAAGGUGAUUACUUGAUCAGUCAAUGCGCAGAACAUCUCCAAGCAAAGUUUAAGCAAAACAUACAAAGCCAUCUUCAGGGGACAAGGGACAGCUAUUCUGCCAUAUGUAGCACAGCCCAAAGAGUGUACCAGACUUUGGAACAUGAACUCCAGAAGCAUGUUAAUCAUCAGGAUACUCUACAACAGUGCCAGACUUGGCUAUCUACAGUGCAGUCAGAGCUAAAGCCAACUACCUGGACACCUUUCAGCCUGGCAGAUGCAGUUAAACAGGUUAAACAUUUCCGGGCUCUGCAGGAGCAGGCCAACACAUAUUUGGAUCUUCUGUGCUCCAUGUGUGAUCUGUCAGAUGCCACAGUGAAGAGUACAGCAGCAGAUAUUCAACAAACAAAACAAACGAUCGAACAACAGAUAAGACAUUCACAGUAUUUGUCUCAAGGUUGGGAAGAGAUAAAACAAUUGAAAGCUGAGCUCUGGAUAUAUUUCCAGGAUGUGGAUCAACAACUACAGAAUUUAAAAAGGAGACGGGCAGAAUUGGAGCUAAACAUUGCCCAGAAUAUGGUACUCAAGGUUAAGGAAUUCAGUCAGAAGUUACAGUCUAAGCAGUCAGCUCUUACCUCUAUGACUGAGAAGAUGAAUAAGCUAACCCAAGGACAAGAAUCACCUGAACACAAGGAAGUAGGAGAACUGAGCAACCAGUGGCUGGACCUCUGCCUUCAGGCACACAGUUUGCUCAUGCAGAGGGAGGAGGAUCUGCAGAGGACAAGAGAUUACCAUGAUCGCAUGAACGUAGUUGAAGUUUUCUUGGAAAAGCUCACAAAAGAGUGGGACAACCUAGCUAGAUCUGAUGCUGAAAGUACAAAUGUGCACCUUGAAGCUUUGCAGAAAUUGGCAAUGGUGCUACAAGAAAGGAGAUUUGCUCUGGAAGAUUUCAAAGAUCAGAAACAGAAGAUGAUAGAACAUCUGAAUCUUGAUGACAAAGAAUUAGUAAAGGAGCAAUUCAGUCAUUUUGAGCAACGCUGGACUCAGCUGGAGGACCUUGUCAAAAGGAAAAUUCAAGUUUCUGUUUCAACUUUAGAAGAGCUCAAUUUGGUGCAUUCCAAAUUUCAUGAACUAAUGGAAUGGGCAGAGGAGCAGCAACCUAGUAUCUCAGAGGCUCUUAAACAGAGCCCUCCACCAGAUUUGGCUCAGAGUCUUCUCAUGGAUCAUCUUACCAUUUGCAGUGAGCUUGAAGCCAAACAGCUCGUUCUGAAGAUGCUUGUGAAAGAUGCUGACAGGGUGAUGACCAAUCUAGGGCUCAAUGAAAGGCAAGAGCUGCAGAAAACAGUUUCUUGUGCACAGCACCAUGUGGCUUGUCUCAGCGAUUUGGUUGGCCAGAGGAGAAAACACCUGAAUAAAGCACUGUCUGAAAAGACCCAGUUUCUCAUGGCAGUCUUUCAGGCUACAAACCAAAUUCACCAGCAUGAGAAGAAGGUAAUGUUUCCAGAACACAUUUGUCUGUUGCCAGAAGAUGUGAAUAAACAGAUCAGGACUUGUAAGAAUACCCAGGCUAACCUGAAGGCCUAUCAAAAUGAGGUCACAGGGUUGUGGGCUCAAGGAAGGAAUUUAAUGAAAGAAGCAACAAAUCAAGAAAAGAGUGAAGUGUUAGGUAAACUGCAAGAACUACAGAAUGUGUAUGACACUGUUUUACAAAAGUGUAACCAGAGAUUGUUAGAACUGGAGAAAAAUAUUGUUUCCAGGAAAUAUUUCAAAGAAGACUUAGAUAAAGCUUGCCAUUGGCUAAAACAAGCUGAUAUUGUCACAUUCCCAGAAGUCAAUGUAAUGAAUUCUGACACUGAGCUAUACAGCCAGCUGGCAAAGUAUCAACAGAUUCUUGAACAGUCUCCAGAAUAUGAAAACCUGCUACUUGCACUGCAAAGAGAUGGUCAAGAAGUCCUACCAUCACUUAAUGAAGUGGAUCAUUCCUAUCUGAAUGAAAAACUUAACAGUCUCCCUCAGCAAUUCAAUAUUGUCACUGCUCUGGCAAAAGAAAAAUUAUAUAAAGUUCAGGAAGCAAUUUAUGCCAGAAAAGAGUAUGCCUCUUUGAUUGAGUUGACAAGUAAAGCUCUGACUGAGCUAGAAGAUCAGUUUGUUAACAUGGACAAAGCUCCAGCUGCUGUUUUAGCUAAAGAAGCUGUGUCACUCCAGCAGGCCUACAGAGAUCUCUUAGGUGAAGUGAUAAGCCUUGGUGCAGCAGUGGAUGAACUGAACCAGAAGAAGGAGGCCUUUCGGAGCACUGGCCAGCCAUGGCAACCAGAUGAAAUGUUAAAACUUGCCACACUAUAUCACAAGUUGAAAAGACAAAUAGAACAGAAAAUCAACCUGUUGGAAGACACAAUAGAAGCAUGCCAGGAACAUGAGAAAAUGUGUGUGCAGUUUGAGGCACAGCUCGAGGCAGUAAAAAGGGAGCGGUUUAAGGUAAACGAAGAAACGCUCCCAAUAGAAGAAAAGUUGAAAAUAUACCAUUCUCUGGUGGGCAGCUUGCAAGACUCAGGAAGUCUUCUGAAGCGAAUAACUGAACAUCUGGAAGCCCUUUCUCCUCAACUUGACUCAUCUGCAUAUGAGACAACAAAUCACCAAGUGCAGGCUUGGCAAGAGAAACUGAAGUCUUUGCAUGCUGCCAUUGUCGACACCGUAAUGGAGUGUGAGAACAGACUUGUGCAAAGCAUAGACUUCAAGACAGAAAUCUGCCGCUCACUCGACUGGUUGAGAUGGGUGAAAGCAGAACUUAAUGGAACAUUAAGUUUGGACUUCAAACUGCAGUGCAUCCAGGAAGAAAUCCGAAAGGUUCAAAUACAUCAGGAAGAAGUGCAGUCAAGCCUGAGAAUAAUGAAUGCACUGAGCAAUAAAGAGAAAGAGAGAUAUAUGAAAGCAAAGGAGCUGAUACCUGCUGACCUGGAAAACACUCUUGCUGAGCUGAUGGAACUAGAUGGUGAAGUUCAAGAAGCUAUACAUGUGAGACAGGCUACCUUGAAUAAAGUAUAUAGCCUCUGCCAAAGAUACUACCAAGUGAUGCAGAUAGCAAAUGACUGGCUUGAAGAUGCUCAGGAAUUUCUACAUUUAGCAAGAAAUGGUUUCGAUGUUGAGAAUUCUGAGGAGAACCUAAGGAACCACAUUGAAUUUUUCAGCACAGAAAGUCAGUUCAAUAAUCAUUUGAAAGAGUUACAGGGCCUUGUGUCUGAGAUAGAGCCCUUUAUACAAGCCACAGCAAGAGAAAAGCUGGUACAGAAUGUAGCUGCAUUGGAGGAAAAGGCCAAAGGGACAAAGCAAGAAGCCCAAACCCAGCAAGAGCAGUUACAAAGAUGUGCUUCUGAGUGGCAGGAGUACCAGACAGCAAGGCAGAAGGUUAUUGAAGUGAUGAACGAGGCUGAGAAAAAAUUAUCUGAAUUCUCAGUAGCUAAAGCUGCUUCUUCUCAUGAGGCAGAAGAGAAAUUGCUAACACAUAAGACUCUUGUGUCCGUAGUGAAUUCUUUCCAUGAGAACAUCACAGCCCUAGAAGAAAAGGCUUCGCAGCUGGAAAAAGUUAGCAAUGAUGCCAGUAAAGCAUCUAUAAGUAGAUCCAUGACAACAGUUUGGCAACGCUGGACACGGCUCCGAAAUGCAGCCCAGGAACAAGAAAAAAUUUUGGAAGAUGCAGUGCAGGAGUGGAAGGGCUUUAAUGAUAAGAUUCAGAAAGCCACCACAGCAAUAGAUCAGCUACAAGGUCGCUUACCAGAGAGCUCAGUGGAAAAGUCAUCCAAGACUGAGCUCCUGGAACUCCUGGAUUACCAUAGCAGUUUCCUUCUGGAGGUGGACCACCAGCUGUCAUCUUUGGGCCUGCUCAAACAGCAUGCUGUCAGCAUGCUUCAGGAUGUGGAAAUAAGGCCUCCAUCUCAGGAGGAACUACCAGUAAUGCAGGAAAUCAAAGCAAUGCAAGAUCGAUGCCACAAUAUGCAACAGAAAGUUAAAAAAGGUGUGAAGAUGGCAAAACAGGAGCUGAAGGAACGUGAGGAGGUUGAAGCAGAGAUUAAUGUUGUGAACUCCUGGAUCCAGGAAACAAAAGAAUAUUUAUUAAGCCCUGAUGUAGAAGUGGACACUCAACUUCAGGAGUUGCAGUCUCUCCUUGGUGAAGUUACUACUCAUCGCCAGGCUGUUGAGAAAAUGGCUGAACAACAACAGAAUAAGUACCUGGGGCUUUAUACCAUUUUGCCUUCUGAACUCUCUCUUCAUUUAGCAGAAGUUGGGCUGGCCCUUGUAACUGUACAGGAUCAGAUUCAAACUAAAGAAAGAGAAACUCAGCAAAUCAAAACAUUGAAUCAAGAAUUUGAUCAGAAAAUUCAGGGGAUAGCAAAUGAACUAAAUGCCAUUCUUUCCAAACUGAAAAAGAAGACAAAUGAUAUAGCACAAGCUAAACUUGAACAAAAGAUCCUCGGCGAAGAGUUGGACAGCUGCAAUAUAAAGCUGUUGGAAUUAGAUGCAUCCGUCCAGGACUUUGCAGAGCAGAAUGCACCACUGGCUAAGCAGCUGGCUAACAGGAUAGGGAAACUCACUACAUUGCACCAACAGACUAUACGGCAGGCUGAGUACAGAGCAGCCAAGCUUAGUCAGGCUGCUUCACACUUGGAAGAAUACAACGAGAUGCAGGAGUUCGUAUUAAAAUGGAUUGAGAAAGCAAAUAUUCUAGUCCAUGGUAGUAUAACAUGGAAUUCUUCCUCUCAGCUUCGUGACCAGUGUAAAGCCUACCAGACCAUGCUUGAUGAAUCUGGAGAGAUUCACAGUGAUCUUGAGGCCAUGAGCGAGAGGAUUGAUUAUCUGGCAAGCGUGUACUGUACUGAAGGAAUGUCUCAGCAAGUGCUGGAACUAGGGCGUCGGACAGAGCAAUUACAGCAAGUUAUCAAACUGCAGCUGCCAAAUCUCCAAGAUGCUGCCAAGGACAUGAGGAAAUUUGAAGUUGAGCUGAGAGCCCUUCAGGCUUCUCUGGAGCAAGCCCAAGCCACAUUGACCUCUCCAGAGCUUGGACAUUUAAGCUUGAAAGAGCAACUUUCUCACAGACAGCAUCUGUUGUCUGAAAUGGAGUCACUGAAGCCAAAAGUUCAGGCAGUACAAGACUGCCAGAGUGCCUUGAGGAUUCCUGAAGAGGUGGUCACCGGCCUGCCAAUAUGCCAUAGUGCCCUCCGGCUCCAGGAGGAGGCCAGCCGCCUGCAGCACACUGCCAUUCAGCAGUGCAACAUCAUGCAGGAAGCAGUGGUUCAGUAUGAGCAGUAUGAGCAAGAAAUGAAACAUUUGCAGCAAAUGAUAGAGAGUGCCCAUCGUGAGAUCCAAGGCAAGCCAAUAGCAACCAGCAAUAUCCAGGAACUUCAGGUCCAGAUUUCACGUAAUGAGGAACUGGCUCAGAAGAUCAAAGGAUACCAGGAGCAAAUUGCUUCUUUGAAUUCAAAGUGCAAGAUGCUGACAAUGAAAGCAAAACAUGCCACCAUGCUGCUGACAGUGACAGAAGUGGAGGGGCUGUCCGAGGGAAUGGAGGAGCUGGAUUCAGACCUGCUCCCAGCACACCCCACUCAUCCCUCGGUGGUUAUGAUGACUGCUGGUCGCUGUCACACGCUGCUCUCCCCUGUCACUGAGGAAUCUGGGGAGGAGGGAACCAACAGUGAGAUUUCUUCUCCACCUGCCUGUCGCUCUCCUUCACCUGUGGCUAAUACAGAUGCUUCUGUUAACCAGGACAUUGCUUAUUACCAAGCCUUAUCUGCUGAACAGUUGCAGACAGAAGCUGCUAGAAUUCAACCCAGCACCUCAGCUACCCAGGAGUUUUAUGAACCAGGCUUAGAAUCAGCUGCUAGUGCUAAAUUGGAUGAUUUGCAGCGUUCUUGGGAAACACUGAAAAAUGUGAUCAGUGAAAAGCAACGCACUCUCUAUGAAGCUCUUGAGCGUCAACAGAAGUAUCAGGACACACUCCAGUCUAUAUCCACAAAAAUGGAGACCACCGAAAUCAAACUAAAUGAGAGUUUGGAACCAGCCAAAAGCCCGGAGAGCCAGAUGGCUGAACAUCAGGCUUUGAUGGAUGAGAUUUUAAUGUUGCAAGAAGAAAUCACUGAGCUUCAGACAUCACUAGCCCAGGAACUUGUUUCAGAACCAUUGGAUGCAGAAGCUGCUGAUCAGAUGGCAUUGCAGUCCACUCUCACAGUCUUGGUGGAACGAAUGGCCACAAUUCGAAUGAAGGCAUCAGGAAAACGACAGCUGUUAGAGGAAAAACUGAAUGAGCAGCUGGAAGAACAGCGGCAAGAGCAGGCUCUUCAAAGGUACCGUUGUGAAGCUGAUGAGCUUGACCACUGGCUACUCAAUACCCGAGCAACACUGGACACUGCUCUGGUUACUGCUGAGGAACCUAUGAACAUGGAAGCACAGCUGGUAGACUGUCAGAACAUGUUGGUUGAAAUAGAACAGAAGGUGGUAGCCUUGUCAGAGCUGUCUGUGCACAACGAGAAUUUGCUUAUGGAGGGAAAGGCUCACACCAAGGACGAGGCAGAGCAGCUGGCUAUGAAGCUCAGGACACUGAAGGGCAGCCUUCUGGAACUGCAGAGAGUGCUCCAUGACAAACAGAUCAACAUUCGGCAGGGAUCAUUACAAGAAAAGGAGGAGAGUGAUCUGGACUUCGUUUCCUCACAAAGCCCCAGUGUUCAAGAAUGGCUGGCACAAGCAAGAACUACCCGCUCACAGCAACAGCAGAGUACCCUGCAGCAACAGAAAGAGCUGGAACAAGAGCUGGAAGAGCAGAAGAAUCUGCUUCGAUCAGUUGCAUGCCGUGGAGGAGAAAUCCUAACACAGCAAGGUGCUACAGAAGGCCUGUGUAUAAGUGGAAAGCCUGAUACACCUUCUGAGGAAUUAGUCUUAGAAGGUGAGAAGCCAUCAUUUGAAGAACAGAUGAAGAGGAAAUGGGAAAGCCUAAAUCAGGAAUUCAGUACCAAGCAGAGACUGCUCCAGAAAGCUUUGGAAAAAGAACAGCUGCAGCUUUAUAGCAGACCGAACAGACUGAUACCUGGAAUGCCUUUGUAUAAAGUGGAGAGACAGGAUGAAGAUAAAUCCUCCAUCUCACCAGUACUGGUUGAAUUGAAUCAGGCCUUUGAAGAUGUCUCAUCUGAGGCUGGACGGGUGGAGGAGACCCUGCAUCUUGAACAGAAGCUGUAUGACGGUGUCACAGCCACAUCCAUGUGGCUAGAUGGUGUGGAAGAGCAGGUCUUUGUUGCUACAGCUCUGUUGCCAGAGGAAGAAACAGAAACAUACCUCUGCAAGCAAGAGUCUCUUGCCAAAGAAAUCAAAGACAUAACAGAAGAAGUGGAUAAGAACAAGAGUUUAUUUGCUCAGAUAUUUCCUGACCAUAGUGAUAAUAGGGUUAUCAUAGAAGACACUUUGGAUUGUCUCCUGAAAAGACUGACCUUACUGGAGUCAGUAGUAAAUCAGAGAUGCCAUCAGAUGAAAGGACGGAUCCAGCAAAUAGUCACGUUCAAGAAUGAUCUGAAGCUCAUGUUUACAACGGUGGCUGAUAACAAAUACUUAGUUCUACAGAAACUAGCAGAGGCAGCUGACAGACCAGAAACAGAACAAAUGCAGGUCAUACUGCAGGCAGAAGAAGGUUUGAAGGAACUAGAUGCUGGAAUCAAUGAAUUAAAGAAGCGUAUAGACAAACUACAGAUUGACCAAGCUUCUGUACAAGAGUUGUCUAAGAUCCAGGAUAAGUAUGAUGAGCUGCUGAUGAUCAUUGGAUCCAGGCAAAGUGAUCUGAAUCAGAAUAUGGCUCUUAAGAGCCAGUAUGAGCGGGCUUUACAGGACCUGGCUGACCUGGUAGAAACAGGCCAAGAAAAAAUGGCUGGUGACCAGAAAAUGAUUGUUUCUUCUAAGGAAGAAGUUCGAUUGCUGCUUGACAAACAUAAGGAAUACUUUCAAGGGUUGGAGUCUCACAUGAUCCUAACAGAAACACUUUUUAGAAAGAUGAGUAGCUUUGCUCUCUUAAAGGAAACUCAGUCACAUUCAGAGCUAAUGACACAAGCUUCAGCUAUAUUAAAGCUGGCUCAUAAACGAGGUGUGGAACUGGAAUACAUUCUAGAGACCUGGACGCAUCUAGAUGAAGAUUACCAGGAACUUACCAGACAACUGGAAUCUGUUGAAGGAAACAUCCCCACUGUUGGUUUGGUGGAAGAGACAGAGGACAGGCUUAAAGACCGGAUUACACUUUUUCAGCAUCUAAGGUCUAACCUGACUGAAUACCAACCUAAAUUAUACCAAGUGCUAGAUGAUGGGAAGAGACUCCUUUUUUCUGUUAGCUGCUCAGAUCUUGAAAGUCAGCUGAACCAACUAGGAGAACACUGGUUAAGUAACACCAGCAAAGUUACCAAGGAGCUUCACAGGCUGGAAACAAUACUGAAGCACUGGACAAGGUAUCAAAGUGAAUCAAAUGAAUUGACACAGUGGUUACAAUCUGCAAAGGAGCGACUUGAGUUUUGGAGCCAGCAGUCUUUGACAGUUCCUCAGGAACUGGAAACAGUCCGAGACCACCUGAACUCCUUUUUGGAGUUUUCAAAAGAAGUGGAUGCUAAAUCAUCACAGAAAUCUUCUGUCCUGAGUACUGGGAACCAGCUCCUCAGGCUUAAGAAAGUAGAUACAGCAGCAUUGCGUGCAGGAUUGUCCCACAUUGAAACCCAGUGGACAGAGUUGCUCACACAAAUCCCAGCAGUACAAGAGAAAUUGCACCAGCUCCAGAUGGACAAAAUUCCUUCUCGCCAUGCCAUCACUGAAGUUAUGAGCUGGAUUUCCUUGAUGGAAAAUAUCAUUCAGCAGGAUGAAGAAAAUAUAGAAAAUAUAGUAGGACAGAAAGUAAUUCAGGAUUACAUCCAGAAGUACAAGGGUUUCAAGAUAGAUUUAAAUUGCAAACAGUUGACUGUCGACUUUGUGAACCAAUCGGUGCUACAAAUCAGCAGCCAGGAUGUCGAAAGUAAACGCAGCGACAAAACUGAUUUUGCAGAGCAGCUCGGAGCCAUGAACAGACGUUGGCAGAUCCUUCAAGGCCUGAUAACAGAAAAGAUCCAGCUGUUGGAAAACCUGCAGGAAUCCUGGACAGAAUUUGAAAAUAAUGUGCAAUGCCUAAAAACUUGGUUUGAAACUCAAGAGAAGAAGCUGAAGCAGCAACAAAAAGUUGGUGACCAGGCUUCAGUACAGAAUGCUUUGAAAGACUGUCAGGAAUUAGAAGAAUCAAUAAGAACAAAGGAAAAAGAAGUGGAAAAUAUAGAACAGAGUGGUCUUUCUUUGGUACAGAACAAGAAAGAAGAAGUCUCUUCUGCUGUUAUGAAUACACUGCAAGAAAUUAACCAUUCCUGGGCCAAUUUGGAUCACAUGGUUAGCCAACUGAAGAUAUUGUUGCAAUCUGUUCUUGAUCAGUGGAGCAUUUACAAAGUGGCUUAUGAAGAACUGAAUAGUUACCUGACUGAAGCCAGAUAUUCUUUGUCCCGUUUUUAUCUUCUUACUGGUUCUUUGGAAGCUGUGAAAGUCCAGGUUGAUAACCUUCAGAGCCUACAAGAUGAAUUGGAAAAACAAGAAAAUAGCUUACAGAAGUUUGGUUCUGUGACCAAUGAAUUGUUGAAAGAAUGUCAACCACCAGUGACUGAAACACUUACCAGUACUUUGAAAGAAGUGAAUAUGAGUCUCUUCACCAGGUGGAACAACCUUCUGCAGGAGACUGCAGAGCGACUGCGUGCCAGCAGAGCCCUCCUUCAGCUGUGGCAGAGGUACAAGGACUGUUACCAGCAGUGCUCUUCCACAGUCCGUCAGCGAGAAGACCAGACCAAUGAACUCCUGAAGACUGCAACCAGCAAAGACAUCACUGAUGAUGAAGUUACCACUUGGAUUCAGGACUGCAAUGAUGUGCUCAUGGAUUUGAAAACAGCACAGGAGUCACUGGUUGUUCUUCAGGAUCUGGGGGAGGAGCUGAAAAGCCAGGUGGAGGCUUCAGCAGCAGCAGCUAUACAGUCUGAUCAUCUUUCUCUGAAGCAGAAUCUGUCAACCCUAGAACAGGCUCUCCGCAAGCAACAGGCUGUACUUCAGGCUGGAGUUCUGGACUAUCAAGCCUUUGCCAAGAACCUGGAAGUCCUUGAGACCUGGAUAACAGAAGCAGAAGAAAUGUUGAAAGAACAGGAUCCCAGUCACUCAUCUGAUCUCUCAGCAAUAAAGAGUAGAAUGGAGCAACUCAAGAGUCAGAUGUUGAAGUUCAGCAGCAUGACCCCAGAUUUGGACCGUCUUAAUGAGCUGGGUUACAGGCUUCCUCUGAAUGAUAAAGAAAUCAAAAGGAUGCAGAAUCUGAACAGACAUUGGUCUCUGAUCUCAUCUCAGACUACGGAGAGAUUCAGUAAGCUGCAGUCUUUCUUGCUGCAGCAGCAGACCUUCUUGGAGAAAUGUGAGACUUGGAUGGAUUUAUUGGUUCAGACUGAACAGAAGUUGGCAGCAGAGAUUUCAGGAAACUACCAAAGCCUUUUAGAGCAACAGAGGGCACACGAGCUAUUCCAGGCAGAGAUGUUCAGCCGCCAGCAGAUUUUGCAUUCAAUUAUCUCUGAUGGGCAGCUCCUCCUAGAACAAGGACAGGUGGAUGACAGGGAUGAAUUUAAUAUGAAGCUGACUCUUCUAAGUAAUCAAUGGCAAGGAGUAAUUCGCCGGGCACAGCAGAGGAGGGGGAUCAUUGACAGCCAGAUUCAUCAGUGGCAGCGCUACAGGGAGAUGGUAGAGAAGCUGCGCAAGUGGCUGAUGGAGAUGUCCCGUCAGCCGGUGACUGGGCUGGGCAACGUUCCUAUCCCAUUGCAGCAAGCAAGAGCACUACUGGAUGAAGUGCAGCUUAAAGAAAAAGUUCUCCUAAGGCAACAAGGGAGUUACAUCCUCACUGUGGAAGCUGGGAAGCAACUGCUGCUCUCUGCUGACAGUGGAGCUGAGGCAGUCCUGCAGACAGAGCUUACUGAAAUUCAGGAGCGCUGGAAGAUAGCUAGCUCCCAACUGGAGCAGCAAAAGAAACAGCUUGCUUUACUACUGAAAGACUGGGAAAAAUGUGAAAAGGACAUAGGGGACUCCCUGGAGAAGCUAAGAUCAUUCAAAAAAAAACUUUCUCAGCCAUUGCCAGAUCACCAUGAUGAAUUGCAUGCAGAGCAGAUUCGUUGCAAGGAGUUAGAGAAUGCUGUUGAAGGCUGGACAGAUGACCUUGCACACCUCUCUCUGCUGAAGGAGACUCUGUCUGUAUAUAUCAGUGCAGAUGAUAUCUCAAUCCUCAGUGAGCGUAUAGAGCUCCUGCACAGACAGUGGGAGGAGCUGUGCCACCAGGUCUCCUUACGUCGACAACAAGUUAGUGAGAGACUGAAUGAGUGGGCUGUCUUCAGUGAGAAAAACAAGGAGCUCUGUGAGUGGCUGACACAAAUGGAAAGUAAGGUGUCUCAAAAUGGCGACAUCCUCAUAGAAGAAAUGAUUGAGAAACUUAAAAAGGAUUAUCAAGAGGAAAUUGCUAUAGCCCAGAAGAACAAAAUCCAGCUUCAGCAAAUGGGAGAGAGACUUGCUAAAGCCAGCCAUGAGAGUAAAGCAUCAGAGAUUGAAUACAAACUUGGCAAGAUUAAUGACAGGUGGCAGCAUCUUCUAGAUCUUAUUGCAGCCAGGGUAAAGAAAUUGAAGGAGACCCUUGUUGCAGUGCAGCAGCUGGAUAAAAACAUGAGUAGCCUGAGAUCUUGGCUUGCCCACAUUGAGUCAGAGCUGUCCAAACCUAUCGUCUAUGAAACCUGUGACUCUGAGGAGAUACAAAGGAAGCUAAAUGAGCAGCAGGAACUUCAGAGGGACAUAGAGAAACACAGCACUGGAGUGGCAUCUGUUCUCAAUCUGUGUGAAGUACUUCUUCAUGACUGUGAUGCUUGUGCCACAGAAGCAGAGUGUGACUCUAUCCAGCAGGCUACACGCAAUCUGGACAGAAGAUGGAGGAACAUUUGUGCAAUGUCAAUGGAAAGGCGACUUAAAAUUGAAGAGACCUGGAGGCUGUGGCAGAAAUUUUUGGAUGACUACUCUAGAUUUGAAGACUGGUUAAAAGUCUCUGAGAGGACAGCUGCUUUCCCAAGCUCCUCUGGUGUGCUUUACACUGUUGCUAAGGAAGAACUGAAGAAAUUUGAGGCCUUCCAGAGACAAGUGCAUGAAAGUCUGACUCAGCUGGAACUGAUCAACAAACAAUAUCGACGCCUGGCCAGAGAGAACCGCACUGACUCUGACUGCAGCCUCAAACAGAUGGUUCACGAGGGGAACCAGAGAUGGGACAAUUUACAAAAGCGAGUUACCUCCAUCCUGCGCAGACUAAAACAUUUUAUCAGCCAACGUGAGGAGUUUGAAACAGCACGCGAUAGCAUCCUGGUAUGGCUAACAGAGAUGGACCUGCAGCUGACCAACAUUGAGCAUUUCUCAGAGUGUGAUGUCCAAGCAAAGAUAAAGCAACUUAAGGCUUUCCAGCAAGAAAUUUCACUGAACAACAGCAAAAUUGAGCAAAUAAUUGUGCAAGGGGAGCAACUCAUUGAGAAAAGUGAGCCCCUGGAUGCAGCAGUCAUUGAAGAAGAAUUAGAUGAGCUGCGUCGUUACUGUCAAGAGGUCUUUGGACGUGUGGAACGCUAUCACAAGAAACUUAUCUGCCUUCCUCUAACAGAUGACGAACAUGACCUCUCUGACAGAGAGGUAGAUCUGGAUGAAUCAGCAGAUCUCUCUGACAUACGCUGGCAUGACAAAUCUGCGGACAGCGUUCUCUCCCCGCACCCCUCUUCCAACCUUUCACUGCCUCUUUCUCAGCCUGUGAGAAGUGAGCGAUCAGGGAGAGAUACCCCUGCGAGUGUGGACUCCAUUCCCCUGGAGUGGGAUCAUGACUAUGACCUUAGCAGAGACCUGGAGACAGCUGUUUCACGGGCACUGCACUCUGAAGAAGAUGGAGGACAAGAAAAGGACUUCUACCUGAGAGGAGCAGCUGGUAUAGCAGAUGUAGAGAUCCCUGAAACUCUUGAGGCCUAUGUAACACUCACAGAAAAUGCCCUCAGAAAUACCUCUGGAGAACCUGGAGCCCUGGAAGCACGUAUCCGACAGCUGGACAAGGCCUUAGACACCAGUCGUUUCCAAAUACAGCAAACAGAAAACAUCAUCCGCAGCAAAACACCUACAGGACCAGAACUCGAUUCCACUUACAAAGGAUAUAUGAAACUACUAGGUGAGUGCAGUGGAAGCAUAGACUCAGUAAGAAGGCUUGGAAAUAAACUGAAGGAGGAAGAAGAAAAAUUAUCAGGACUUAUUAACAUGAACAGUACUGAAACACAAACAGCUGGUGUAAUUGAAAGAUGGGAAUUAAUCCAGGCUCAAGCUCUAAGCAAGGAGCUGAGGAUGAAGCAGAACCUUCAGCAAUGGCAGCAGUUCAACUCUGACCUUAAUAGCAUCUGGGCUUGGCUGGGAGAAACUGAAGAGGAACUGGAGAAGCUUUGCCACCUUGAUCUCAGUACUGACAUACAGACUAUUGAGCUCAGAAUUAAAAAACUAAAAGAGCUGCAGAAAGCAAUUGAUAACCGCAAAGCAAUCGUCUUAUCCAUCAAUCUGUGCAGCUCAGAGUUCACUCAGUCUGACAGUGAAGAGAGCAAGAAGCUUCAAGAACGCCUGUCUCAGAUGAACAUGCGCUGGGAGCACGUAUGCAGUAUGAUCGAAGAGUGGCGCAACUCAUUGCAGGCUGCGUUAAUGCAGUGCCAGGAUUUCCAUGAACUGAGCCAUAGUUUGCUGCUUUGGUUGGAAAAUAUUGACAGAAGAAAAAAUGAGAUUGUGCCCAUCAAUCCAAACCUGGACUCAGAAAUGCUGCAGGAUCAUCAUAGACUUUUGCUGCAAAUCAGACGUGAACUGCUGGAGUCUCAGUUGAAGGUGGCGUCACUGCAAGAUAUGUCUUGCCAAUUGCUAGUCAAUGCUGAAGGCAAGGAUUGUCUGGAAGCCAAAGAAAAGGUACAUGUCAUUGGAAACAGACUGAAGCUCCUCUUGAAAGAGGUCAUACGUCAUAUUAAAGACCUAGAGAAAGUUCUAGACAUUUCAAGUAGUCAACUGGAAUUGUCCUCAUGGUCCUCUGAUGAAUUAGACACAUCAGGCUCAGUGAGUCCUGUAUCUGCAAGAAGCACUCCAAGCAGACAGAGAACGCCACGGGGCAAAUGUAGUCUCUCACAGCCUGGACCCUCUGUCAGCAGUCCACAUAGCAGGUCCACAAGAGGUGGCUCAGGUUCCUCCCCUUCUGAGGCUGGGCCAGCGUGGUGGCGCCCAUCCUUCUUCCUCAGAGUCCUCAGAGCUGCUCUGCCACUUCAGCUCCUCUUGCUGCUCCUGAUCGGGCUGGCUUGCCUGGUGCCAAUGACCGAGGAGGACUACAGCUGUGCUAUGGCAAACAACUUUGCCCGCUCUUUCCACCCCAUGCUAAAAUACAUGAACGGUCCUCCUCCAUUGUGAAGGAGACCUGUGAGACAGCGGGAGACUUGCUGGAGUGCUAGCUGGGAGGCAAGAUGGUUUUAAAGGGUGACAGCAUUCAGUGUGGCAGCUUUACCUGUCUGCUGUAGCAACCAUUGUGCCCGUAUUUUUCUCUGCUGGCACUCAGCUAGUAACGCAUCAGUGUAUCAGUAUCAAACUGCACAACGUAUUACCUGAGUAGCAUCAUUUCAAUACUCACAUCCUGGGUACUAAGAAGGAUGUGAUCUGUGCAAGGGAAAUGUCCUUCUGUGCAGAAUUUGGGAUCUUUUAGCCACUUUAUAUCCAGGUCAUUGCCCUGUACUAUGCAUAGCCAAGGACUUGAUACUGUAGAUCCUUUCCUGUGUGCUGCCCGUUAGCCAGUCUUUGUUAAAUACCCUCUCAGUAUCUACAGUAUACAAAAUAACCAAUGCUAAAGAGAUUUUAGAGCAUUUGUAACAUACAGUUUUAAAGAUUCUUGUAUGGCAAUGUAUUAUUCCCUGUGAUUUCUGUUUCAGGCAUGAUGUUCUAACUUUUGCUUUGGAUGCACAAGGUGUAAAUCUGAGAAGCACUUUUUUAAGGUUUAAAAAAAUGGAUGUAAUAAAUAAGAUCGUAAAAGUUUUUAUGAGGAAAAAUGUUGAAUGUCAAGUUGAAAAACAAAGAACAUAUUUAUGUAUGUACAGUUUGCUAAGCCAAGUUUUGUUUGUAUUGAUUUCUUUGCAUAUAUUAUAGAUACCAUAAAAUAUUUUGUCUACGUGCUUUUUAAUGACAACUAUGGAAACCUCUAAGUUUAGAAUGAGAUAUGUAUGGUAUAAAAAAAAUAGAAGACACACAUAUGCUGCACUUCUAAAGAGAAUUAAAAAAUGCUGUAACAAA